UGUACACCCUCAGCCGUAUCACCUCUUGAAAUCAGGUUCUUGUUCGCCUCAGAGUCCUCCAAUACCACAGAUGGAAGAGCUCCGCUCAUAUGUAGAACAGCGUGAUAAAGCUAAGGCGAUACUCCCUGAAUGGUGUGACCAUCGUGUUAGGGUAGAAGCGGAGCUGCGUGAGCUCGCGCGACAGUUUGAUGAGUGGGAGGUGGAAGCCAUAAGAGCUGCAAUUAGCUCGAUUGCUGACAGUAGCGCUGAUGCUGCAGAUGGUCCGUUCCCAGCUGUACCAGUUCCGAACUCCGGUAUGCAAGGCGAGAGGAGGGUUGCAGGCUGCCCAUUCAAGUUACCAUGCAGUCGUCCACUUCGAAAUUGCAUAGACAACACUGUGAGACUCCUUGAGCAGGAUAGAAUCUUGACUAUAGAUCUCAUCGAAGCUGUCGAAGCGCUCAAGGAAAAGGAGGCUCUGUUUCUAGAUAAGAUCGAUUUCGACAAUUUCAACGAAAACCGUGACAUCUUCUUGCCAGCUGAUACCAAUGUUAACACGUUGAUUACAGUCGUGUGGCGUCUGAGCCGUCAUAAUUUCUUCGAUCCAGAUUUUCUUGCCGACAUUGUAGAUUUAUUGACGAAUCUAAAAUCUACAUUGCUUUCCGCGAUUGCUGUCAGAAACAUUACGGAUUUGGCCGUCGAAGGUAUUCUUUGUCGCUGCGAAGUUUCACACAUGCUUCGCACCUAUGCUGACGAUAUGAGGAAAUGGCAUAAUAUGCGUCGCUUGAUGAUAAAGUAUCUUGGAGAACCGGAAAAUCAAGAUUGAUAUUUUUGCAUAUUACAUGCCCGUGUGUCACUUCAGACCUAUACCUGUACUUCUCCAUCACUGCUAUGAUUUAGACCAUUUAGCAAUUUAUAUGUUGUGUGAAUCAUUUACUCCAACUUUAACGAUAUGUUCCAUACAUGGAUUUUGUCAUUUGUUUUUGUUACUUUGGCACUAUUACUUGUUUGCGUACAGUACUUAGAUUUUGCCUGUAAUGAAGAGUCUGU